GCACCGCUCCGAUCCUAUGCGGUAGUGCAAGACGUGAAUCCUUUUAUUGCCGUGGAAUUCUGCGACUACCAAAAACUCUACCACGGCCGGGAACAUGAGGCGAACCAGAAUUGGCGUUUACCAGGAGAAGAAACCGCAAAUCAUAGUAACCUUCGACUAGCGGGCCGAUUUCCCAAAGGUGGACGACGACGACGACGUGUGUUUCCGGCCAGCAGCAGCAGGAGCAGCAAGAUCCUUUGAGCUUUUUUGUUGUCUCGAUCCCGUGCCCCGUUUGUGAUCGUGUGGAAGGAAGAUUUUAUUUGUAGUUCUCCGGUUUCCGCGACGGUAUGGGCGAGUCGGGCUGUGUGCAUUUUGAGGCCUAUUUGAAGGAGUAUGGACUAGAAUCGUUCAGCGUCGUUCAUGCGUGCUUCAGUGCGUGCAUUAGCCGGGAGGCGCGGCGCCGUAAGGCCCUGUCCUGUCUCUGUCACAAGUGUGGCAGCUCCGGACCACAGCUCUUCUCCUGCCUGCACUGCAUCUACUUCGGCUGCAAGGGAGCCCACAUCGAUGAGCACUACAAGCAGACAAAACACUACAUUGCGCUGGAGCUGUGCUACGGGAUGCUGUACUGCUAUCAGUGCCAGGACCUCAUUUAUCACCGCGAGUGCCAAGCGAUCGCCGAGCGCCACCUACGCCGGGAGGCCCACUGUCUCAACAAAAGUCUCUCGUGGCGCCCCUGGAGCCCGUCGCAGCUCGAGAUUGAGCUAUUGCUGAAGAAUCCUAAGCGGCGCCACGUAACCGCCUUCACGAGUAUUGGGUUGCGCGGGCUGUUGAACCUUGGUUCGACCUGCUUCAUGAACUGCAUCGUGCAGGCCCUCAUCCAUACGCCGCUGCUGCGGGAUUACUUUCUUUCCGAGCUGCACGAGUGCACGACCACGAAUGCAGCCAAGUGUCUCGUGUGUGAGGUGUCUCGGUUGUUCCAGGAGUUUUACUCGGGUGAGCGGGGCCCACUGUCGCUGCAUCGGUUGCUGCAUCUCAUCUGGAAUCACGCUCGCCAUCUAGCCGGCUAUGAGCAGCAGGAUGCGCACGAGUUCUUCAUUGCCACGCUUGAUGUGCUACACCGGCACUGCAAGAUCUCGAUGAGCGAACUGGCAGCGAAUGCUGCUGCUGCUGCUGCUGCUGCGGCCACCGAUAAAUCGAAGACGCAUGGAACGCAGCAGCAACGGUUGGGUGGCAACGGUAGCAGCACUAGCAGCACAGCUCAGGCACCGCAAUCCCAGCAAUCAUCGUCCUCGGUCGCGCAUCAUUCACAAUCACUGCUUUUACCCGCAGCUACACUGCCACCAGCCAGCACCGUGGCCACGGGAACGGGAACGCCGGCAGCAACAGUUGGUACAACUGCGGCGUCAUGUACCGCCACGAGAACCCGUGACGGAGCGCACCGGGCAUCACAGCCCGAUCCUAACCCGGCCCAGUGUAGCUGUAUUAUCGAUCAAAUCUUUACCGGUGGCCUACAGAGUGAUGUUGUGUGUCAGGCGUGCAACGGCGUUUCGACGACAAUCGAUCCGUUCUGGGACAUUUCACUGGAUCUGGGCGAAUCCGGUACGGGUGGGUACGGUGGUCCACCGAAAUCCCUUAUCGACUGCCUCGAACGGUUCACUCGUGCCGAACAUCUCGGCUCGAGUGCCAAGAUCAAGUGUAGCAGCUGCAUGAGCUACCAGGAAUCGACCAAGCAGCUCUCGAUGCGCACCUUACCGAUCGUGGCUAGCUUCCAUUUAAAACGCUUCGAACACUCUAGUCAGAUCGAUAAAAAAAUAUCCACCUUCAUCUCAUUCCCGUCCGAGCUGGACAUGACACCGUUCAUGUCGCAAAAGAAGAAAAUGGAUCCUCACCAUCAUCAUCAUCAUCAUCACCAGCAAAAUCACUCCGUCGCCUCCAACGGAGCUGGUGGUGCCACCGAGCGGGGUGGUCCGAAUGCACCAGGCACAUCCGGCAGCGGUACGAUGGAGGAAGUGAACGAAGCGACACGAAGCUCACACCAUCAAACCGUAACGACUAGUGAUACGGCCGAUUUCCGGUAUUCCUUGUACGCGGUUAUCAAUCACGUCGGUACGCUCGACGCUGGUCACUACACGGCGUACGUGCGCCAUCAGAAAGACAUCUGGGUAAAGUGUGACGAUCAUAUCAUUACCACGGCAACCCUGAAGCAGGUCCUCGACAGUGAAGGCUAUCUAUUGUUUUAUCAUAAAAAGAUUCUAGAGUACGAGUAAACCGCACGCUGCCAUUCGGCGGAAAGUAUUCUUCGAUAAGUGCGUGCGGCAUUUUGGUACAGCAUAACUGACAGACGACCGCUGUUCCGGUCGCCCCAAUUUGCUUUUUAAGAUUUUCCUUUCCUUCGGUUCCCCUGGUACAGCCUUGGGCCAUCUCGUGUACCGUACUAGCCCCUAAAUCUAUGUUCUUCAAUCCAUUUGCGAUUUACCCAACACAGUUUCUGGGUUUCUUUAUUUUUUCAUUAUUAUUUAUUUAAACAUGCAAUCUUUCCUCUUGCGUUUGAUAAACACGUUAAACGCACCCAUCUGCCCCUGUACACUUGUCCGACCGUAAUGAAGUCAACGACCAGGAUAUACUGGAUCUGCUUUCAAUGGAGAUUUCCCGAGGCCGCUUUACCCGAGCGAGCGAAGGGAACGACGAAGGGAGAGAGAAAGCCGAAGAUUGAGAUAACCACUAAUUCCUAACGAAGCAGAAUAAAGAGAGGAAA